AGGCAAUUAAAAAGUAGCAGGUUGAACUUCUGAUGCAGCCAAGACAUCAGCCCACUAAAGCCUAUCUCUCUGCUGGUUACAACUAAAGAUGUUACACAAAAUACAAAAAGCAACUAUCUCAGAACUUUGCAAAGUAAAGAGAAGCAGGUGGAUUGGGGAAAGGAGUUAAAACCUGGAGAAGUGAGUUGCACAAUGUGGGCUGGCCUAGAGUGGAGUUGAAGCAAUGGAUUUCUUGUCUUCCUGUCCAGAGGAGAGUUCUGAGGGCCACAGAAGCUGUGAAUUCCUUUGGACAGUUGAUGGUAUUUAUCGUUGUGCCCAGUUUCUACAAAUAAAAAAUGGGUGGAUUAUUUUCUCGAUGGAGGACAAAACCUUCGACUGUAGAAGUUCUGGAAAAUAUAGAUAAGGAAAUUCAAGCAUUGGAAGAAUUUAGGGAAAAAAAUCAGAGAUUACAAAAAUUAUGGGUCGGAAGAUUAAUUCUCUAUUCUUCAAUUCUCUAUCUGUUUACAUGUUUAAUUGUAUACUUAUGGUAUCUUCCCGAUGAAUUUACAGCAAGACUUGCCAUGACACUCCCAUUUUUUGCUUUCCCAUUGAUUAUCUGGAGCAUAAGAACAGUGCUUAUUUUCUUCUUUUCCAAGAGAACAGAAAGAAAUAAUGAAGCAUUGGAUGAUUUAAAAUCACAGAAGAAAAAAAUAUUUUGUUUGCAGCUUGAAGAGGUCAUGGAAAAAGAAACUUACAAAACGGCUAAAUUAAUUCUUGAAAGGUUUGAUCCAGACUCAAAGAAAGCAAAGGAGUUUGAGCCGCCGUCUGCUGGAGCAGCUGUAACUGCAAGACCUGGACAAGAGAUUCGUCAGCGAACUGCAGCUCAAAGAAACCUUUCUCCAGCACCAGCAAGCUCUAGCCAGGGCCCUCCUCCACAAGUUCCAGUAUCUCCUGGACCACCAAAGGACACUUCAGCCCCUGGUGGACCCCCAGAAAGAACUGUUACUCCAGCCCUAUCGUCAAAUGUGUUACCAAGACGUCUUGGAUCUCCUGCUACUUCAGUGCCUGGAAUGGGUCUUCAUCCUCCUGGCCCACCUUUAGCAAGACCCAUUCUGCCCCGAGAACGAGGUGCUCUGGAUAGAAUUGUUGAAUAUUUAGUUGGUGAUGGUCCACAAAACAGGUAUGCCCUUAUAUGUCAGCAAUGUUUUUCUCACAAUGGCAUGGCUUUGAAAGAAGAAUUUGAAUACAUUGCUUUUCGUUGUGCCUACUGUUUUUUCUUGAAUCCUGCAAGAAAGACCAGGCCCCAGGCUCCAAGACUUCCAGAGUUUAGUUUUGAGAAGAGGCAGGCAGUGGAAGGUUCAAGUUCAGUUGGUUCCUUGCCCUCAGAAAGUGUGAUUUCAUCAGAGAACCAGAUCAGUGAAGAAUCUUUAGAAGAACACGAUGUUCUUGAUAACAGUACAGAGCAGACAGAUGAUAAAACACCAGAUACAGAGCAGACCAAAGAAGUGAUUGAACAAGCACCUGGCACAGAGGAACCAGAGGAGAAGCAAGAAGAGACUGAGAACGAGGAAACCUCAAUGAGUGAAGCCAAAUCAGCAGUUCCCAGAGCUGAUGCUAUUCCUAAUCCUGAACUAUGUGGAGAACCUUUGACAGUGUAGUAAACGCUUCCACGUGCCUUCAACUGGGUAUCUGUAGUCUUGUUGAUGCCAGUUAUUGCUUUUUUAGGUGGUGCUUUUUUUUUCCCACUCAAAAGACAUGCUUGAUAUCAUUUGAAUUUAGAUUGCCUAGUUAUUUCAGUAUGUUGAAGUUAUGUCUACUGGGUACUAAAAUUAAAAGCAAGUGGUGUCAGUAAAGUAAGAUCCUUCUGAAUGUACAAAAACUGACACUGUUUAGACAGCUUUUAGGUAUUUUUUUUUUCAUUCUAAAAUUAAACAAAUAUGAUAGGAGUUUUAUUUUCUAGUUGUGACCUGUAAAUACUAUCCAUUUUGACAUAGGAAGAACUUUAGUUAGGAAUAAGUUCUAAAAGUGUUUGUUUUAAGGAAUGAAACUCAAUUAAGAUUUUUUAAUACUUCAUAAUUAAAAUGGAUAGAAUUUUAACUCUUGAGAUAUUUGCCAGGGGGUGAAAUGUCUAUUUAGGCAUUUACAUUAAGAGGUAUGAAAGUUACUGCAGUAACAAUAUAGGCAUGGACAUGAAUCCUCAUUAAGAAUAAAGUUGAACAGUCAAGUGCAGAGUUACUUUUGGAUGUCUCUUAUUUUGCAGCUGGGCCAGAGGUACCUGAUGUAUAUAAUUAGCUUAUGUUUACAUAUUAACAUAUAGGAAAUAUCUCUGCACUUGACUGUACUUGCAUUUUGAACCUUAUUUAUAUUUGUAAAAUAAUGAUGAUAUUAUAAGUGAAUUUGUGCUCUUGUGUGUAUUUUGUUAAGGAAAAUAAAGAUAUCUGGCAGCAGUUUCUUUUUGUUAAAUAUCAAGCCUCCUUCAGACAACAUCUUGGGUGGAUGCUUGGCUACCUGAAAAGUCUUAGUAGGAAGAGCUCACCAUUCAAUAAGCCUAUACACUCAACUGAGAUCAAAUUAUGAUCUUUUUAUUUAGACUUGUUGCCUUUCCAAUUCAGAGAAAUAGUGACAUUUAGAAAUAGUGACAAUUAAAAUCUAAUUAGAGAUUAGAUUUUUCUGAUUCAGGAAAAACUUAGGCCAUUUGUAGUUUUUUAUUUCGAGAGACAUAGUUUUGUGAGAAUAAGCAGUUAGUUACUGGUUGUUCAUUGAAUUUAAUUUGUAUUAAGGAUUAACUGGGAAAUUUUUUUGACCCAGAAUGGUAAUUCUUGGACGUUUUUUUUAAGUACACUGUUAUCUUUUCUAUCUUCCUUUUAUCUCUCUUCUCUAUUAUUAAAAAGAAAAUUGUAAUCAAGUUAUUAUGCCAGAGGGACAAUACCAUUUGUUAUCAUUUAAAAAUUCAUCUUUAUGCUUUAAUAUCUUAUAUCUGAUAGGUAUUUUUAAGGAGCCCAGUCUGUUAAUGGUCUUAGGUGUAAUGGUAUAGUGACCAGAGUUUUCAAGAUUACCGAACUGGGCUAAUUCCAGCUCUGCAGUCUUGAGCAAGUCACCUGACCUCUCUGAGACUGUUUUCUUCAUCUGUAAAAUUGGAAGAAUCACACCUACUUUGGGGGGUAUGGGUACAAUUAGAAAUAAUUUAUGUAGUGUGAUUAGCUCAUUGCCUGAUAAUUAAUAGAUAAAUGGUAAAUGGUAGCAUUUUAUACUAUGAAUAUGAAAGGGCUGUAUAUCCUUCCUCUUGCAGGUAAGGAAAUGAAAAAACAAUAUGAACAUAUAAUUCAGCUGUUCAGAAUCAAGCCAAAGUUUUCUUCAUCAACUUUUCUUUAUCAUAUACAUGUAUAUAAAUGCAUAAAUUAAGGAAAUAGGAAGCUGAAACUAUGGAAUAUAGUCCUACUGAAUAUAGUAUUUUUUAGUGAAGCCUGAUAAUCAGGUUUUUUGUGCAUUAUUGGACCAUACUAUUUUAGGAACACCUUACUGAGUUUUCUUAUUAAAAAACAUUCAAAGUCAGAUGUACAUCAGUGGAAAAUUAGGAAUACCUCAGAGAAAUAUAAUUUGUUGAUAAAAUCAAGCAUAUAUUAUGAGAAAUAUCUUUGAAAGAAAUACAGAAGAUGGUUAAAAGGAGGAUUAGUAAAAUUAAUACAACGGGUAACAUGCUGUAAUCAUAAAGUACCCUUUAAAAUAGAAAGCUUUAUUCUGAUAGUGUAAUAAACAGCUGAUGGUUGAAAGAAUGGUAAAAUGUCCUAUUUCUGAUUAAGACUAGUAUAAGUGAGAAAAAGCAAACUUAAUGCUAAGGGCUAUUAGCUAGAGAGAUCUUAAUUUCCCUACUUACUAAUGUUCAACAGGUCAUUAUCUAAAUUUUCUCACUAUACCCUUAGCAUAAUCUACAGACAAGGUCUGGCUUCUCUCUCCAUCCCUCUUCCACAUAGCCUUAGGGCCUCUGAAUUCUCUGAUCAUGCUAACCCCUUUCCCACCUUAGGUCUCAGCUUAAAUUUUUUCUCAGAAAGAUGCCCACCCAAGCUCCUUAUCUAAAGCUGACCUCUGCCUUUUACUGGGUCAUGUCACUUUAUUAUCACAAUGUGUAAGUAUUUUAUCUGCUUACUAGUUUACUGUAUCCCUUCAUGACAUAGAGUCUAUGUGUGCAAGACUCCUGUCUUAUUUACCCCUGUAUCUCCAGGGCCUAGCACAGUGCUCCACACAUAUUUAUUAUGUGAAUGAAUAACUUUGUUGCUAAAUGCAGUGAAAACUGUCAGUCUUAACUUAUUCCACUGUCCGACAGUAUUGAGUACUCCCUUUAGUUUGAAACAGUUUUUUUUCUUUUAGCUUUUGAGUUCUCACACUACUGUUCUCUUGCUCCUCUGGCUAGUCUCUGUCAUUUUCAGACUUCUUUUCCCCUGCCCAUCCUUUAAAUGUUGGUGUUCCAUAGCUUCUACUAUGUCAGCAUUUCUUCCCUCCAUGUAUUCUCUCUAGGGCUCUCAUCAACCCUCCUGGAUUUAAUUACCAUCUAUCUCUCUGAUUGUCGGAUCGCUACUGAUCUCUUUCCUUCACUUCAGAGUGGUAUUUCACCUGCCUGCUGGAAUGUCUGUCCCAAUCAGUUUAUUUUAAAAUGAACACUAUUUUCUGCUUCAAACCUUCAGAACUUUCAAACUUUCUGUGUUUCUAAUCUCAUCAAAUAGUGGUACUAUUCAAGCCAGAAACUAGAGUAGAGUCUAUCCACUCAUCCCUUUCCCCUUUUUCUGUCUUAACUGGCAGUUUCCAUCUCCUAAACAUCUUCCAGUUAUACUCUCAUUUCUCCAUCCCACUAAUGUUAAUGGUAAUAAACAUUUGCAUUCUUUCUCUGUGCCAGGCAAUAUGCUAACUGUUGUAUGAGUAUUAUUUUAUUUGUUCUUUGGCAACAGCCCUGUGAGGAAUUUUUUUUCUCUGAAGUAUAGAUGAGAAAACAGGUGUAGUGAGUAAGCAACUUGGUAAAUGAAAAAGCUGGGAUUUGAAUGCAGGCAAAUGUCUUCAGAAAUCUUGCUCUUAAUUACUUUUGUACUGCCUUCUAAUUCAGGCCUGUAUCAUCUCAAAUUUGUCUCUUAACUGAUUUCUUUGUCUCCAGUCUUGCCCAUGGCUGUUUAUUCUGUGCACUGUAGCCUGAAAGAGUUUUCACAAUUGGAAAACAAAUCAUGUCAUGCUGUUACUUAAACCCUUUGAUCAUUACUCACUGUUCUUGGAAUAAAAUCCAAACUUAC